AUGUCCGGAUUUUUGGAGCAAGCAAAACAGGUUGUGGCUCAGAAUUACAGGAAGCUGGGUGGUUUAUUGGCCAAUGGUGCUGAUCAGAAGGUAUCAUUAGCCUGGCAUGCCCAAGGGGACCUAGAUCGACAACCGUCAGCACACCGGGUGAGGUACGAACAAGACUUGCCUAACCGCGAACCCUACUCACGUGCUGAGACGGGGGUGAGCACGGGCAGCAAACCGUUCACCUACACGUACUCCCAAGCGUCUUCGCUUGAUAUGAGGGAGGUUCUCGAAGCCUCGUCCGCAUAUGUGCCUGCCUGCAUUCCCCGAGAGGGGCACCUGCACUUCCUACGAGCAACUCCGGAGGUGCAGAGACAACUGAUUAGAGAAGCCAAGAAACCUGAACAUGUUACCAUUGGUUAUAAGCCCUUUGUGCAAUCACAAACGAAAGGAAGAGGUGGAGAGGUCAAGUGCUUCUGCCAAGAAAUGGGCACAUGUCCUUUAUGCCCACAACAGGACAUACUAAGACAAUUCCCCAACUUCAAUGGAGGUGUGUUCCAGCUCUUCCCAUCCGAUCAAGGAUGGUUCGAGCACAAAAAAGUUACAGAGUCGCUAUACGACUAUUCCAAAGAAAAGGGUCUCCUGCCGAAACUCGUUCUCGUUGACCUCCCCCCGACCCACUUGGAAACCGGGAAGAAAAAACAAACCUCCUUCAGAGCUCCCCCCGCCCAGCCCAAGAAGGAGGAACAACCCAAAAAGCAGGAACAACCCCAAAAGGAGGAAGAACUCAAAACUGAGGAACAAGAAGAGAGCCAGGGCCAAGAUGACCACCGUUUAAUUUCUGAACUAACUACUGCGGAUACAGCUCAGCAGUCUUAA